AACGAGAGAGCAGGAGGAUUGCCAUAGCAACGAACGACUGUGCUGCGUUUUAAAAAAAAAACACCUUGGUACUGAGACGACUCGUAAUGAUGCUAACCAAAAAACAGUAUUUAUUUCUUAGUCAACAGCCUUAUCCAGGGCGACUUACAAUUGUUACAAGAUAUCACAUUAUUUUUACAUACAAUUACCCAUUUAUACAGUUGGGUUUUUUACUGGAGCAAUCUAGGUAAAGUACCUUGUUCAAGGGUACAGCAGCAGUGUCCCCCACCUGGGAUUGAACCCACGACCCUCCGGUCAAGAGUCCAGAGCCCUAACCACUACUCCACACUGCUGCCCAGUUAAAGGAGCAGGGCUGGGGACCCCCCGGCAGCGCCCCUCGGAGGGCAUGGCGGAGGAGAGAGACCCCCUUAAAGGGGAGGGGCCGAGGACGCAGCCCGACGCCCUUAAAGGGGAGGUGCCGGAGACGGAGGGAGCGGGUGAGCCCCCACUGUUGCCUGCGGCUGACGUGCCUCCUCUCCCAGCGGCCGAGCCCUCCUCCCAGCAGCAGUGCCACCAGUGCAUGGUGAUGUUCGGAGACGCCCGGGCGAAGGAGCGUCACAUGCGGCGGCACCACCCCGAGGAGUACCUGGAUUUCCUGCUGGCCGUGUCGCGGCUGAGCUGCCACGUGUGCGCCCUGCCCUUCGACUCCUCGCGGGAGCUCAUCGACCACCAGCGUACCCAGCACCCCCAGGGCCGGCCCUUCCUGUGCCCCGUGUGCGGAGACAGCUUUGUGCAGUCCCACGCGCUCAUCAACCACAAGAGGCGACACCUGGGCCAGUCUCGCUACGCGUGCCGCGACUGCGCCAAGACCUGCCGGACUCUGAAGCAGCUGCUGAACCACCGGCGCAGCCACGGCAAGGGGCAGGGGCAGGUCAGGGAGACCUGGGGGGGAGGGAGGCAGGGACACCCCGCCAGCACCACCCCCGACCCCGCCCCCUCCCCCUCCUCCUCAUCCUCAUCCACGGCAGCAGCAGCAACCGGCGAGGAGGAGGGCAGACACAACCAGUCUCUCCAGUGCUUCAGCUGCUUCAUCACCUUCCAGGACCUGCAGACCAGCACCAAGCACAUGCGCUUCAAGCACCCCGCGGAGUACGAGAGGCAGAUGCAGGGCCGCACCGUGUUCGCCUGCCAACGCUGCGAGCGCACCUUCCCCUCCUCCCGCCAGCUCAGCACACACCAGCGCACGCACCGGAGCCUGCCCCCUGCUGGAGAGGAGGCCCCCAGCCCGGAGGAGGAGGAGGAGGGGGAGGAGGGGGAGGAGGAGGGGAGCGAGGGAGAGGGAGAGGCUGAAAAGGAGCCCCUUGCAGAGACCCAGCCCGUCAGCUCCUCCCACAAGUGCCCGCACUGCAACUUCCUGUUCAGCGACUUGAAGACCAAGAACCGCCACAUGAACGCCAAGCACCCCCCCGGCUGCAGGGAGCCCCCGCACCGCCGGCCACCCCCCCUGCUGUACAGCGAGCGCCCCAGCGAGGAGGGGGAGGUGCUGACCGUCAGGAUCAAAGAGGAGCCGGAGGAUUUCGCUGCCUCUCCCGAAGGAUCUGCUGGAGAGGAGGCUCCAGGCUCGGAGAGAGAGGGGAGCGAGGAGGAAGAGGAGGAGGAGGAGGAGAGGGAGAGGGAGCGAGAGAGAGAGAAAGAGAGGGAGCUGCGAGAGACACACGAGAGCUGCCUAUCCCACAAGUGCCUCUACUGCAGCUUCCUGUUCUCUAACCUGCACACCAUGCAGAGGCACAUGAGCACCAAGCACCCAUUGCUGAAGAGAGGGGGGCCCUCCCCCGGGGCCCUGGGGCCGCCAGCGCUGAAGCAGGCCUGCCUGGAGGAAGGGGAGGGGGAGGGGGAGGGGGAGGUGCUGACUGUGAGGAUCAAAGAGGAGGAGCAGGAGGAGAGCCAGACCUCUGGAGCCUUCAGCGCCUGGGGUUCAAACGAGCGCCCCCUGCAGGAGGAGGACCCCCCCUUCGUGUGUCACGUCUGCUCGCUGCCCUUCCUCUCCCCCCGGGCCCUGCUGGCUCACCAGCCCUCGCACCUGGACCCGCGCCCCUUCAAGUGCCCCAUCUGCGGAGACGGCUUCGAGCAGCCGGCCGCCCUGGCCAGCCACGAGCGCCGGCACCUGCGCCAGUCCCGCUACGUGUGCCGCGACUGUGCCAUGGUGUGCCCCAGCCUGCCGGAGCUGCUGAGCCACCGGCGGCUGCACACGGAGGAGCGGCCCUACAGCUGCCAGGACUGCGGCCGCACCUUCAAGAGAGCUUCAGGGCUGCAGAGGCACAAGAGCGUGCACCGGGGCGGGGCCGGGGGCGGGGGCGGGGCUGAGGGGCGGGGCAGCGACACGCACACACAGCAAUAGCAGCAACAGAAGACAAGCACACACACACUGAGACUGAAACUGAUACACACACACACUGAGAGACUGAAACACACACACACUGAGAGACUGAUACACACACACACACACACACACUGACACACUCGCACACACUCGCACAGACACACACAUUGAAACACGUACACACAGACAGACAGAUGUGGGGAGAGGAGAGGAGAGACGGGGUGCUGCUGAGAGGAGCUGUGGACCUGAGGGAGGAUAUUGAGAGGCUAAGGAAUCAGUCUGAGGAUUAUAAACAUGCUCUGUGUCAAUGGCUAUUAUUAUUAUUAUUAUUAUUAUUAUUAUUAUUAUUAUUAUUAUUGCUGUUGUUGUUGUUUGUCUGUGAUUGCUUGUAUAAAUGAGCUUGUUGUUCUAAGUGGUUCUCGUCCACACCGGUGUCCUUCUGUCUUCCUGAAACACGCAGUCAGGCUGCCAACAAGUCCUUCAUCUUUCUAACACUUAAUUACUGCAAUGUAAACAGCCCGCUCGAUUUCUAUUAAAACCGAACCAUGAGCCACAAA